AUGGGCAAACGAAAAGCUUUACGUAAUCGUUUUGGUCUUGAGGAAGAUUGUAAUGAUUGUCUGGCAACAACAUUUUGUGCUCCAUGUGCAAUUUGUCAAGAAGCACGUGAACUUAAAUAUCGUUCAGCUGUUCCUGGAGCAUCAGCACCCGUUAUAACACAGCCAAUGGCCACAAAUAUGUAUCCAGUAUAUGGACAACAAGAAAAUAUGCAACCAACACGUGAGCAACCCGGCAUGAUGAAACAAGGACCAUAUUAA